CUACAAGAUUUCCGACGAUCUUCAGGAGAUUAUAUCUGCGUUGAGCGUGUCACAGUCUCACAACUCUACACAAAAUAUUCUAAAAUCCCCACCACACAAGAGGUUGUCGCCUUCCGAAACAAUGGUACAAAGGAAAAACAGAGUCACAAAGGUGUGUUCCUCUCUCGGUAAAGUGACCAACGCGGCGAAGGAAUUGUCGGGUAUUCGAGAUGCCAACCUGUCCUACUGCGCGGUGCAAAAAGCAGGUUGCACAAUGUGGAUCCGCUUGUUUAAGUUCCUUCAAGGUCAAAAACGCUAUACCAAUGACCCCAUGUCUUUAACAAAAUAUGAAAUCCACAAUGAAGCAUCCCAAUUUUAUAAACGAUUUGAUUUGGAAGCAGACAGAGAGUUUAUGAAAAGUUCAUAUCGGGUAAUGACUGUACGAGAUCCCUACACACGAAUCUGGUCAGCAUACGUUGAUAAAUUCGUCCUGCCAGACUUUUGGUAUACAAAAGGAAAACAUAUCAUUUCUUUACUGAGACUAAAUGCAGAUGCUAAGUCACUCCGCUGUGGGCAUGAUGUAACGUUCAGAGAGUUCAUAGACUAUGUUAUAAAGGUUGGACACCAAUUUACGUUCUUGAAUCAAGACAAACACUGGCUGCCAGCCAGCGAUAUAUGUGAUCCUUGCUUCUUCUAUCCAGACGCCAUUGGAAAGCAGGAAACCUUCAUGUCUGACUUUGAAUAUGUUCUUAAACACAAAGGCCUUGAAAAGUGGAUUGAUAAAAUCAAAUCGGUUGACGCAACAGAAUUUGAAAUUAAUGAAGAAAUUGACUACAAUUUUAAAUUACUUCACCACCGAAACAAAUGUUUAGACAGAACGGAGCUCGCUAUGCGCUUGUGGACAGCUUUUGUAAUUAAUGGAUACAUUCCUGCAAACGAAUCUUUGCCCCGUAAUUUGACUUCCGAAACAAUAUCACAAGAGACGUUUGCCAGAUCUAUACACGCUGUACGAUCAAAGUACAAUAUCUCAAGUGAGGAGAAAAGGGCUGUUCGUAUACGUGCAGUUACGGCAGCCUUUCAGCAACUAACAGAACUCCAGAUGGACUCGCUGGCGAAGCUGUAUAGAUGGGACUUUGAAUUGUUUGGGUAUAAUCCGAAGCCUGACUACCUGGCUGCCAAUAACUAGUUCUUCAAGUUUAGAUUUGUGCGGCAUGAGUUGCAAAUCUAUGAUAAAAAUAAGAUUAUUAAACGAUUUUGGACAUGGAAACAAAACAUUGACUCACAAAGAUGUUGGCUUCUAUAUUUGUUUUUCGCUAAGCAAUAUCCGGUACUGUACCAUUUCAACUUGGACAUACAUGCAUCUCACUACGCAAUUAUACGUUCACAAAUAAAAGGAUAGACCUCGCCACACCUGUCCCAGUCAAACUGGCCGAGAUGUUUUGAGUACAACAGACAUUGGUUCCCCCCACCGUGGACGUGCACGUGCGCUACUUUUGAUUGGUCGAGCCAAGUCAUCGAGUCGGAAAGGUCGAAAGUACGUCCUCCAAGCCAUAUAUCGGUGUGAAUGUGCUGAUCUGUGUGUAGAAGGAAUAUGAUAAGCAUUGUAUGACACGAAUAAAGGGAGCAACAGUCUUCAUUUAAUGUUCUUUAGACUAACUAUAUCUUGAGUGCGCCUCGCCGUUUUAAUGUUUUAUAAAUUCACAUGUGUAAUAGUUAAUUAACCGCUACCCGAGGUCCUUAUGCUUGUGCGCAUAUAGGACGAUUUCUUAUAUCUAAGUAUUUCUCCUACCACAGAUAAGUAGAUCCAAUAAUUUAACCAUGCUAGAAAUUCUUAUCUUGCCCACGGGUGAAGAUUAAAUGCCCGUAUGGAACUCCUUUUUAAUGGUCAACACAUUGUAAUUACCUCCCUUGUUGAAGACUGUCGUCUGUAGCAUCAUUGAAACCUUGUCUUGUGGCAAUAUUUAGAGCGCUAAUUAAUUAUUUCUCGUUUAAAAUGUCACCAUUUCAAGCACCUUUCAAGAAAUAAUGCUUCACUUCUCUUAGAAUUAUUUAAAGACUAUUGACUAUUAACAUAAUCUAAAUCACUGCGCGCAUAUCCAGGACAACCACGAAUUAUCGCA